CAUCCUCCUCCCCCAGGGUCCCAUCGCUCUACGCCCCCGACAGCAGCCUCCCCCGGCCCUCGGAAGCUGCUCACUUCUCCUGGCGUCAUCUCCCCUUCCCUCCCUUCCCCUCCCUCGGCGGGUUUUAACCCGUCCCUGGCUCGCCCCAUUCCGUUCUGCCUUUCCCGCUCGCUCCGCCUGGCUCCCUUUCCCUAGCCCUCCUCCUCCCGUGAUGCCCCGCGGCGGCCUGAGGUUGUUGCCAGGGCGACGCGCGUUUCCGGCGUGGCCUGAAGAUGGGGUCCCGGGGGCUGCUGGUGCUGCUGGUGCUGCUGUUCCUUCUGGCCGGGACCCCCAGGGACGACCCUCCCGUGACCAAGGCCCACGAGCCCGCGGGGGUCACGAUGAACUCCCAGGAGCUGAUGUGGAGUUCCAAGAGGCCCAGACCAGUCACGGAUGUUACUGCUUUGUGUGUGUGUGACCUAUUAGUAGAAGAAUGUGAUAUUAACUGCUGCUGUGAUCCUGACUGCAGUCCCACAGAUUUCAGUGUUUUCUCAAAAUGCUCAGUUCCAGUUGUCAACGAGAAUAAUCAGUUCUGCAUUCAGAAGGUAGCUGUAUAUUCUAUUAACUUUACAGCAUAUCCACCUCAAAGAGUAUUUAAAGUAAUUGAGCAAUCCAAUCCAUCUUUUUUCUGCAUCAACAUUCUAAACUAUAAAUUGGCAUUUUCCUUUAUUACUCCCAAAUUCCCUAAUGAAAAUAAUUUUGAUAAGUUCAUGAAAAUCUCUGCUAAUUUUGCCAGCAAUAAAGAAUCAGACAUAUUUCAUCCAUCUAUAUUAGGAACGAAAUACAAGUAUGGUGUUCCACUGCAGACUUCAGAUUCAUUUCUGAAACUUCCAAGCCCUUCAGUCUCCAUUGAAUGUGUAGAUAACAAUCCUAUAGGCUUUCUGAGGGACCAGACUGUUGAAUGUAGCAGAAUAAUAACUCUGGAACAGUGCAGUAAAAUAAAAGCCCUUAAUAUGGACCAUUAUACCCAGCCCAAAAUUUUGGCAGUACCUAAUUCACAUAAAGAGAUUAAUAUAAUUGUCCAGUCCAUAUUUAUGAGAUCUCUAAAUAAAACAUUGAGUCAACUUGCCCUCAGUGAUCUUCCUUUGGAGCCCACUUUCACCAAGGUUGGUGGUCGGGAAGUCUGCACUAAUAUUGUUCUUAAGGCAAAGUACAGUAUCAUCUACACAGCGGCUGGUGAAAUCACAGGAGCCAAUCUCCAUCUCCAUCUUGGAGUAGUCAGUAGCACAAUGCUUCCAAUCCAACAACAAUUUCAAGUUAGUUUUAUUCAGGAAAAUGCUAAGCCAUUCUUACAUCUCAGUGGAAAUCCGGGUUAUAUUGCAGGGCUACCAUUAUUGGCUGGAUUUUAUAAGGAUUUAGGUGUUAUUCAAAGUAGUAACAGAUAUAGACAAUUUACUAUCCUUCAGAACACCGCUGGGCAGGACUGCUUAGCAGCAGAAGGAAUUCGAACACCAAUACUAUUUGGUUACAAUAUGAUCUCUGGCUGCUCACUCACCUUGACGACAAAUACCAAAUGCCAACAACUUGUGGAAAAGAUGACACAUUUACUGAAGGGACAAAACUUCCCAGAGUUUGUAUUCUCUUUUGGAAAUUCUCUGGCCCAGAAUAGUGGAGAAUGGGUGCCUGUCCAGUUCACCACUGAGAUUCUAAAAAAAAAGGAUCUUUGUGUGAUUCCAGUGGCCUUGGAUAUAAAAGUGAGUUGGACAAAGUUUGGUUCCUUAGUAAACCCACAAGCCAAGAUAAUCAGUGUUACAGCCAAAAUGACUUCAUCUUCUAUUCCCCAGUCUUACUCAAGAAAUAAAGUUGUGACUCAUGUAACUACUGUGGUUAGAUUUGUUGACGUGUCUGCACCUGCAAAAGCAGGUUAUAGAGCUCAGCCAACCAUUGAUGCCCGCCUGCCCUCCAAUUUCUUCUUUCCAUUUGUUUGACGAAAUCCAACCACUUAAUUCAUCCCACUGCUUCCAUAUUAAAAUUAUUUUAAAAGCAAUAGCUAUUCAAAUUAGGCUCUCUUUCCUUUUCAUUCCACAUGCAAACGAGUGCAAAAAUAGUAAAAUAUUAUACAAAAAUGUUAGAAGUAGAAUACAAAGGCUAAAGAAAAGCAACUUCUUCAAAUAUUCCAUUAAUUGCAGUGUAGUCUUGUGUCUAAUUGCUAUGUGCCAUCUCAAGCCAAGCUCAGGAACACUCCUGGGCUGCUAUGGAAUGGAGGUGGAUUAUUAGAAUUCAUCACUAUUGUAACAAGAGCUUCUAGAGGGAGGGCUCGAGCAAGCCAGGCAGCUUCUCACAUACAUUAAUUGUGUGGUAGUUUCAGAAAAUGUCAGAUGGAGGCAUAAAUAAAUACAAUGAGAUGCAGUCUGCCUUUUGCAGCUGGUUGCUAUAGAGGGGUUUUGGGCAACGUUCAUGGAAAGGCCCAAAUUAUAGGGGUUCACUUGUAAGCAGCAGGACACACUUGCUCAUGAAUAAAACAGCCUUCCUACAAUGGCCUGGAGCCUAAGAUAAUUUUUUUAUUGCUUUUGUCUUUUAGAAUGUCCAUAGCUAAGGAAUGUAAUACUGAAAUAUGUGGAAAACAAUUUUGAAAGUGUACAUUUGGCAAAAUUAAAUUUUAUACAAACUCGUCCAGCUAGAGCAAUCAUUUUCAAGCAAGGUUAGAGUUGGGAAGAGGAGAAAACAUAGCUUAUGAAACAUUGGGGACAAAGAGAACUCUCAUCACGUUAAGGAAAAAAGAUCGCUCGAAGGCGGAACUAUGUAACAUCUGGAUAUCAUCAGACCUGAGAAUGAGUAAAAUGAAGGCUUCAGAUCAUUUCCAGAAAUUACCCUGGAGACCCCCAGGGUAUUUCACAGACGUGUGCACAAGGCCAGUCCAUCAAGCAACACAUUUCUUCUCCAUGGUGCUAAGCAAAUAUUGCCUGGUCCAGCUACUCGAGAAGUCCAUGAUCUCUUAAGAGUUUGUUAAGUCUUUCAAUUUCUUGCUCCUGUUUCAAAAACAAAGAUCGACUUUAUAUUCUGGACAUCCCUGAUGCUCCUAAGCCUAGUUACUGUUGAGGCCCUCAGUCAUCUUACUUGAGACUCCCAUUCAUUCAUCUUACCUUCUCAGUGCAGCUGAAUUCAAGAUGCUGAAUUUUAGUGGCCAGUUGAUGAUUAAUCAGUUUCAGCCUCGAGAGCUGUCGUUCAGAACGUGUCUUGACUGAAAUAAUUAUGCCUAAAAAUAAUUCAGAGGGCCAGAUGGUGACUUUGGGCAUUAACAGAAUGCAUCCUUUAUGCUUGAUUUCUGAUUUACAAAGUACUUUGCUUACAACAUCUCAUCAGCCCUGUGAGAUAGAUAGGGCAGGGGUGAGGUGCCACAUUUACAAAAUGGACGACUGAUUGUGAGAAUCCAAGACACUUGCCUGUUGUGAUCCUGGGCACAGCUAGUGGAGCCAAGACAGAAACCCAGGUGGACUGAAGCCUAGCACUGUUUUUGCAACCUCAUCACAAUUCCGCCAUCCACACAGGCUAACACACAAUGUAGUUUUUUGGGAGUUUAGUUUUCUCAAGUCUACUUACAGGAACUGAAACUCGGAGUGUCCAACUUAUAGUUUUGACACCUGUUUCAUUCAACUUGAGCUGACCGGACAAAGCUUUUUCAAGAAUAUGCUUUGUGUCUAGUGUGAAUUCAUCCCCUUCUUCUUGUAGGGUUUGAGAGGUUGCUAAAAUUAUAUCACUAGCGGAUCAGGCAAGCAAGGCCUAUGAACACAGCUUGGUGUUUGAUUAACUCAAGAAUGUAAACUACUUGGGGAAGAGGACUCUCUGUUCCCCAACUACUGCUGGGAUAUCUGGAGAGCUGUUUGGCAGAAAAUAAAUUUUUUUAUCCAAACAACUUACACUGUGUGCCACAGUAAACUCCAAAUGAACAAGCGACUUAAACAUAAAAACAUAGAUUGUAACAGAAGUUUAGAGAACAGAACAGAGGAGGUACCUCUCACAACUCUGUUUACUGGGAGAAUCCAAGACCCAGCAAGGAAUGGACAGUCAAAGUAGACAGUUUUGUUUGGGUAAAAUUUUAGAAGGUCUUGCACAAAUUCCAUCUAUCUAUGCAAUUUUGGAUAAGAAAAAGUGUUAUUCAGGGGAAGAUCUCUGUCAAAAGGCCAUAUCCAAGAUAUACAGGAUACAAAUAUACGAUUCAAUAUAUUUCACAAUAGAUGAUGGUCAAAGGAUAUGACCAAGAAGUUCUCAAAAGAAUAAAAGUAAACUAACAACAA